CGCGUUCUCGAAACUUCCGCGCGCAUCGCGAACUUUCCGGCGCUACUGCUCCGCGAAAUUCCCGCGUCCUGAAAAAAAUUUUGGAUUUUUUUUUACACUAGCCGGUGUAUAGAAUGAAAAACUGAUGUCUCGGUAUUUUCCCUUCGUGUGGUAUCUGAGGAAGUUGUCCGUGCUCUCCGCCUGAGGGCAAUCAUCCGCGCGCGGUCGAACGGCGGCUGCUUUUGCCGGUUUUCAAUCGGCGUGGUUGGUUGUAGUUUCUGACUUUGCGGGGUCGCACGGAGAAUGUUCGGACAUACGAGUAGAAUAGGUUGUGCACUAUUGGUGGCCCGAGCCGUUGUGAUCUCCGGCCGACAUUCCAAAAGGUUCUAUCCAGCCAAAAAGCGACGGUUUUACAAAGAAGUCAGCAUAGUCAGGUCUGGUGAUCAGUUUGAGGUCUGCCUUGACCAGAGGAAAAUCAAGACGCCCCUUGGACAACUUCUUCUCAUCCCGAAUGAAGCCUUGGCUGUUGCGGUCGCUACAGAAUGGGACUGCCAGCAGAAAGAAAUCAACCCCAACGAAAUGCAUUUGACUGGUCUUUGCAACACAGUCCUGGACAACCCUUCCAAAAAGACAAAGGAAGAUAUGGUAUCCGACAUAUUGGAGUUCCUGGAAUCGGACACUCUUUGCUAUCGAAUGGAGGAACCCGAGGAUCUUGUCAUCCUUCAAAAAGAGAAGUGGGAUCCCUUGUUGCGAUGGUACGAAGAAAGGUUCGGCGUGCGGCUGGAAGCAAAGAGUGACCUGACGGUGUCAAAGCUGCCCCAAGAAGUGUGCGACGUCGUGUUCAAACACCUGAUGUCAUAUUCGUUAUGGGGGCUUACAGGCAUUCAGUACGGCUCGGAAAGCCUCAAGUCUCUUGUCCUAUUCCAAGCGGCCUUGGCGCAGCACCUGAGUGUGGAGCAAGCUGUCAUGCUGGGAAGGUUGGAGAGCGAGUUUCAGACAAGUCGCUGGGGCAGCGUCGAGUGGGCACACGACCUCGACCGAGAGCAAGUUCUCAGCCGAGUGGCAGCGGCUGUCCUCUUCGUGCAGCUGACCUCGGAGUCUUCGAGCAUCGUCUCCAAGUCGAACGCGGACAAUCAAGCUCGUCAGUUGCCUGCGAGUGCGAAGAGGUGAACGACCAUCAACAGAAUAGGUUCUUUUCUUGGCUGGCAUCGAGUGGUCCCUCCUCGUUAGGUGUGAACUUGUUAAGUGGAGUUUAUAGGUUAAGAGUAGUGUUUCAUAACAUUACACUAUAGGGAAAUGUGGCACUAGUGUCUAUGGAAGCUGCGAUGCAUGGCGCUUUAGCCAGCAUGAGAAUACACCCAACUUCAUUAUAACGAAGUUGCAUCCCGAUCAAAAAUGAGUUUGUUGUUUCUAAAAGUUCAUUAUAAAAGUUAAUUCCAAAUACUAUACUUAUAAGAAUAUUUUUGAUUUGCUUUGCUAUAAACUGUAUUGUCGCAGGGCUGUGACGUGAAUGAAGAGAGCACACUCGAUGUUCAGAG